AUGCUAAACGAUCCCAGUAAUAUUUCAGCAAUAAAAAAUACUUUAAACGAGGUUGGCGUAACAUGGCAUCUUAUUCCUGCCCGUUCUCCACAUUUCGGUGGACUUUGGGAGGCGGGUGUCAAAUCUGUGAAACGGCAUUUGAUGCGAGUUGGCAGUCAAACGUCUUUAACUUACGAAGAAUAUAAUACUCUUCUAAUACAGAUUGAAGCGAUACUAAAUUCACGCCCUAUUUCUCCAUUAUCAAAUGACCCUAAUGACCCUAAUCCUUUAACUCCAUCUCACUUUUUAAUCGGUCGCACUCUUACUUCCUUGCCGGAGCCAUCACUAGCUGAUGUAAGCGACAACCGUCUGAGCAAAUUCGAACAUGUGCAGAAAAUCAAGCAGCAUUUCUGGAAGCGGUGGAGCAAGGAAUAUGUGAGCGAGCUCCAAUCCAGGACGAAAUGGAAGCAACAGCAAGAGGCUUUACUGCAAGAGGGUGCUCUAGUAGUGCUAAAGGAGGACAAUCUGCCUCCUCUAAAAUGGCGGCUCGGAUGA